AUGUCCCAAGGGCCUGCCGCGCAGCUCCUUCGCCACGUCGCCUCGGCGCCAAAGAAGCGUGACCUGUGGCGCAGGGCGCUGGCGGCGCUGCCGGCGCAGGCCACAGGAGAGACGGUGGAACUGGCGGCGGCUGAUGCGUGCCACAGAUCAAUGGGGCUGGGAGCUGCGGAGGCAUUUGCACGAAAGUCGCGACCUGAGCAGAAGGGCACCGUAGUUGGGCCAUAUGUGAGAGUAACAGGUCCAAAGGAGACUCCUCUGCCAACCAUGUUGAAAGAGCAGUUGCAAUCAGCAGAUGCUGUGCGAUUGGUGCAUGCUGUGAAGGCCUAUGCCAUGCUUCGCGUCCGUGACCGUGCAGUUUUGGAGACGUUGCAGCGGCGAAGUAGCGAGCUUGCCACCAGCUGGCAGCUCAAGGGCCGGCCCUUAGCCGAGCUGGCGGAUCACCUUGGAAAGCUGGCGAGUCGCGGUGAAGCCUUUGGGCAGCGUCUCAAAAGCGGCCGCGAGCAUCGCCACGGCGGGGGCUUGGCCUGGAAGACCUUGGCCCAGCAGCUGGGGGAACGGCUGGUGGGCAGUGGCCAUCAGCUGCGUCUCAUUGAUCUGGCUGUUGGAUUGGGAGGUUUGGCUCGCCUGGGCACAGCUGCGGAGGUGGUGCUGCCACCUUUGCAGCAACAUGUCCUCGCAGCGCUGCGGGGCAAGGAGUCCGAAUUUGCCCGCUCGGAUGUCAGGUCUGAAGUGGACCCCCGACACGUGGGGACCCUGGUGGCCAGCUAUUCAGCCUUUGCGCGGCUGAAGCAUCGUGAUGAUGUGAUCCUGGAUGCUGCUGGAGCUGUGCUGGAGAUUUGGGUUGACACCACCAACCAGUAG